UUUCGAAACCUACGCAUCUUGGUACCUGAUACUGAGACUCACAGCUCUGUAAAUGGUGUUGCUCAAGCAUAUAUAAGUGAGAGGGACAGACACUUCUGGGAACUCACCGCAGUCCGCCUUGGUUUUCACUCGCCUCAACGCAGCGCAAAGGUGAAAAAAAAAAUGGCCUUCGCUGGUGUCCUCAAUGAUGCUGAAGUAAAAGCAGCUCUGGAUGGUUGCUCAGCUGCUGACUCCUUUGAUCACACAAAGUUCUUCCAGACAUGUGGGCUGGCCAAAAAGUCCGCAGAUGAUGUCAAGAAGGCUUUUCAAAUCAUUGACCAGGAUGGCAGUGGCUUCAUUGAGGAGGAUGAGCUGAAGCUGUUCCUGCAGAAUUUCAGUUCUGGUGCCAGAGCACUCACUGACAAAGAGACCAAGGCUUUCCUCCAAGCUGGUGACACUGAUGGUGACGGCAAGAUUGGAGCUGAUGAGUUUGCUGCCAUUGUAAAGGCAUAAACUUCCAUUGACCAAGAUCCCCCUCCUUUCAUGGAACUGCGAACUCUAUGCAAGCUUCAGUAAUCAUCAGCUGAAAGAAUAUUUUUUAUAUCUUAUUUAUGAGUUGCCUGCGGACUUUUUCUCAACAUGGAACACAUGUUUUGCUGUAACUGUGUUAUAUGUUCUGAAAAACUAUGAUGUGCAAACUACAAUACCAUCUGCACCUUUUGAGGAAGAGUGAUAAACCAGGAAUAAAUGCUCUUUUGGUGUAAAGUCA